AUGAAUAAAAUCGGAUCUUUGAUUUUUGUUUUAGUAGCAUUAAACCUUGCUACUUCUCAAGUUAUAAAAAUUCCUAUUGAGAAGAGAAUUCCUGAGACUGAAACCAACGGUAGCUUCUUAGACGAUGAUUAAUAAGUUGCUGUUGCUUAGUUAAUUAAUCAUGACCAAUAUAUGUAUUCAGGUAAUAUUGAGGUUGGAAAUUCAAAAUAAACAUACACUGUUGACUUUGACUCUGGCUCUAAUCUUUUAUGGUUAACCAGUAAGAACUGCCCUUCCUGUGUCAAAGACGGAUAUAAGCACAGUUAUGACUGUACUCCAGAAGAUGGUUGCACUUUAACAACUACUCCUGCUUAAGUUACAUAUGGAGAUGGAUCAGGUGUUAAGGGACAUAUUGCUAAGGUUCCAGUUAGUAUUGCAGGAAUUGCUCCAGUUACUGAAGCUCUCCUUCUUGUUGAACAAUCAAUCAGAAAUGGAAAUUUACAAGCCGAUGGUUUGAUGGGUCUCGGUGUCUACGAUGAAAAUAACACUGGUAAUGUUGCUUUUGUUAAUUAACUUUUUAAACAAGGAUUAAUUACUAAGAGUUAGUUCAGUUUCUAUCUUGGUUUUGGUAAAACUGAGUCUGAACUUACUAUUGGAGGUGUUGAUGAAAGUAAACUUGCUAACCCCUCAGAAAUUUACUAUCAUCCUCUUGUCCUUAAUGGUAGAACUGAUGAUAGCUAGAGAUGGAGAGUAGCUUUUAAAUCUAUCUCUUUCGGAAACAAAUAAAUCCCAAUGACUUCAUAAAAUACUGGUAUUGUUGAUUCUGGUACUAGUUUAGCUUACAUUAGAAAUGACAUUUACAAAGAAUGGAUUAACUAUCUCAAAACAAUCACUAAACUUAACCCUAUUUUUUAAGGAUUAUCUGUUUUCUAUUCAGUUAAAUGUGGUACUACUUUACCUGAUUUAACUUUCACUCUUACCGAUGUUAACGGUGUUGAUAGAAACUACUCACUUCCAUCCUCUUUCUAUAUCCUUAAUUAAAGUGGAACUUGCAUUCUUGGAAUUCAAGGUAACUCAGUUACAGGCGAUUUACAAUUCUUGUUGGGUGAUGUUUUCAUGAGAAGAUUCGUUUCUGUAUUUGAUUAUACUAGCCUCUCUAUGGGUCUUUCUGUAUCAGUUGCAAACCCUGCUUCUGCUGUUGUAACCAAAAAUCAUAGAAAUGGUCAUUUAGCUCUUUUAGCUAUAGGUUUAGUUGCUUUAGCUGGUCUUAUUUUCUUAACAUUAAGAGCUUUAAGAAAGUGA